GUUCAAACGGCACCAGCAUCACCACCACCACCCGCACUAUGCACUGCAGUCGUUGAUCUGCUCGGUCAUCGCUAACAUCCUCACCGAGACACAGAGUCUCUCUCAAUACCAGUCUCCCACAGAGGAGCGUGCACCUCUUCUUCACUGCUCACCACAUCCUCUACCCCAGAAAAAAUGUCAGGAAUCGAUUACCUCCUCCACGAGUCCUCGGUGGGCUACGCCGUCUUCGCCGUCAAGCUGCAGAGUGACACGGUCGGCGCGCGGCAGAAAGAGGUGCAAGAUGCCCACACCGACCUCGCCCGUUUCGGGAAGAUGGUGCAGCUCGUCUCCUUUGCACCCUUCCAAGGCGCCGCCCAGGCGCUGGAGAACGCCAAUGAAGUCUCCGAGGGCAUCAUGAGCGACUACCUCCGCACCGUGCUCGAGUCCAACCUGCCCAAGACGGGAAAGAAGAAGGAAAAGAAGAUCACGCUUGGUGUGGGCGAUCGCGGGCUGGCGGGCAGCAUCAAGGCCGAAUUCCCUGGCGUGGAGUGCGAGACUGCAGACACCAGCGAGCUCGCCGGUGACCUGCUCCGUGGCCUCCGCUUGCAUGCCGAGAAGCUCCUCAAGAACCUGCAGACUGGCGACAUCAGCCGUGCGCAGCUCGGUCUCGGUCACGCGUACAGCCGUGCCAAGGUCAAGUUCUCGGUGCAGAAGAACGACAACCACAUCAUCCAGGCCAUUGCUACCAUUGACCACCUCGACAAGGCCGUCAACACCUUUUCCAUGCGCGUGCGUGAGUGGUAUGGCUGGCACUUUCCCGAACUCGUACGCAUCGUCAGCGACAACCAGAAAUAUGCGCAAUGUGCCCUCUUCAUCGGCCACAAGACCUCUCUCUCCGAGGACAGCCUGCACGAACUGGCAGCGCUCGUCGAUGAUGAUGCCAGCAUUGCGCGCGCCAUCAUCGAGGCCGCCAAAGUGUCAAUGGGUCAAGAGAUUUCGGAAGAAGACAUGCAGAACGUCAUGCUCUUCGCCAAACGCACCGCCGACCUGGCCAAAUACCGUCGCUCUCUGGGCAACUACCUGACGGCGAAGAUGGGCAUCGUAGCGCCCAACCUUGCCGCCCUCAUCGGCGAGACCGUCGGCGCCAGACUCAUCUCUCACGCUGGCUCCCUCACCAACCUCGCCAAGUACCCUGCCUCCACAGUGCAGAUUCUCGGCGCGGAGAAGGCGCUGUUCCGCGCACUCAAGACGAAGGGCAACACGCCCAAGUAUGGCCUGAUCUACCACUCCUCCUUCAUCGGCAAGGCGGCGCUGAAGAACAAAGGGCGCAUCUCGCGCUUCUUGGCCAACAAGACGUCCAUUGCCUCCCGUAUCGACAAUUUCAGCAUGCAGCCUAGCCGCACAUUUGGAGAGGCGUUGCGUGCGCAGGUCGACGAGCGACUGCGGUUCUACGCGGAGGGUGUGAAUCCCACGAAGAAUGAGGUUGCGAUGAAAGCAGCGAUGGAAGCUUCUCUUGCAGCAAUCAACGUGGACGACCCCACUCGCACAGGCGCAGACGAAGAAAUCGAUGCGCCUGGCGUCACGGACCAAGCCACGGAGAAGGCGCUCCGCGACAAGAAAAAGAAGGCGAAGCGCAGCGGCGAGGACAUCGAGAUGGGCGAUGAUGCCGACUCGAAGGCCGCGCGCAAGGCGGAGAAGAAGCGGCGAAAGGAGGCUGCUGCAGCGGCGCCUGCCGAGGAGGAGGAAGUGGUGGAGAAGAAGCUGAAGAAGGACAAGAAGGAGAAGAGGAAGUCGGAGACGCUGGCGGCGGGCGAGGUGCCGGCGGAGCAGGCCAAGCCGUCGAAGAAGAAGAGGAAGUCGGAUGCUUAAGCGUCUUCUUCAUGGUCAUAUGACUGACGGGUGGUGUCUGGCGUUCCGGAGGGGCAUGAAGGGUGCGGGGUUGGGCUAGGGUGUUUUGCAAGUGUAGCAUGGACUCGGUAGGGAUGGCUGCGAGGGAUCGUGGGUGUGUCUUGCGUUGGGCAAGAUUAGUAUACCAACACGAUCCAAAUCAUUGCACCGAAACCACGCUUCAUUGUACUCGGUAGCCACUUGCGGCAUCUCGCAUGCGGUUACGUACGAAGAUGUGCCUACCACGCCUGCAGUUGGCGGGCGUCUGCAGCACGCCGCAACAAGCCAAUGGCACGCGGCGGAAGCCACCACGGACGAAUCCCCGCCAUUCACCCUCGGGCGUUGUUAAUUGAUGACGAACAAGAAUCGAGCAAUAGGCAGCUCGUCACCAUCGUCACGACCUUCCAAGUAGGCACACCAAUCGCAAGCUUAGACAAUCACAUGCAAUCCACGGGAUAUA